AAUUUUUUGGAAGACAAAGCAAUUCUAAAAGUGGGUGUUGGUUGUCUUGAUGAUAGUAACUACUUGGAAGCAGAUUACAACCUUAAGGGUGAUGACUUAAUAUUUGUUAUUAUUAAAAAAUGACAAAUACAAGUUGGGUAGACAAACACCCAGCAUUGAUUAGCACCAUCCUGUUUGGAGUGACUAGCAUGGGAAUGUUGCUGUUUCAUCGCAACACCAUUAUCCAGGCGAUGUGUUCUUGGAGGCUUCUGAAGUCGAUAAAAGCAGCAAGGAAGAUCAUUCAUGUGGUGACUUGUGAGGAAAGUUGGGCAAAAGUACUUCCACUGCUUAGCAGGGAAGCCCAACAAGUUGGUGUUGUGGGUUUUGACUGUGAGUGGGUGCAGGUGAAAGGUUGUCGGCAACCUGUGGCACUCCUCCAGCUAGCCUCAUCCUCAGGCUUGUGUGCCCUGGUACGACUCUCACAUAUGAAACCUAAUUUCCCUCACUCUCUCAAAAAUUUUUGGAAGAACAAAGCAAUUCUAAAAGUGGGUUUGGGUUGUCUUGAUGAUAGUAACUACUUGGAAGCAGAUUACAACCUUAAGGUGCAGGGAUGCAUUGACCUGCGUUAUCUUGUUCUCAAGUAUCACAAAAGUGAAGCAUCUAGUACAGACAACACACCAGAAGCAGAAGAGGUUCUUGGAGGCAUGGGGCUGAAUGCACUUUCUCAAACUUAUCUUGGUCGCACCUUGGACAAAAAUUGGAGAGUGAGAACGGGUGACUGGGAAGCUGAUGCCCUAAGCAAGAGACAGAGGUUGCAUCUAACAGUCAAUCUGCACCUUCCAUGAAGCUCAAAUCCAUCUCCCGAGCAUACUCCACACGUAGGGGCCCUCUGUAUCAUAACUGCCAACUUCGAGCCCCAGAUGAUCAACCCCUAUGCACUUGUGACCCCAAGAAAGCACAGUGGUACAUAGAAAGGGGUCUUGGGGUCAAGAUCAGUGAGAACCCACUUGUUGUGCGUCUAAAUUUUGAGCCUGCAGGCCGUCCACAAGUUGAGAAAGAUGACGGGAAAUUUUAUCUCCUGGAACGGCACAAUAUCUGUGUAGUGUGUGGCAAGGGUGAGUCUUACAUUAGGAAAAAUGUUGUGCCUCAUGAAUAUCGUAAACAUUUCCCGGACAUACUGAAAGAUCAUCAAAGCCACGAUGUAGUUCUACUUUGUUUAGAAUGCCACAGACUAAGCAAUUUGCAUGACAAUGCCUUGAGACACAUAUUAGCAAAAGAAUUUAAUGCUCCUAUAGGUACUGAACGAGAUGUGAAAGUUGUUAUCGACAGUGCUCGCAAGAUUGUUAGGAAUGCCGCUGGAGCUUUACUGAGAAGUUAUGAUGGCAUCCCAAAAAACAGAAUUGAAGAACUUGAGAGUAUUGUUAAAAAUUACUUUAAUAUUGAUACAAUAACUACAAAGUAUCUAGAAGAUGCAGCUAACAUGGAUGUGAAGAUCUGGAAUGAAAAUUACCAAGCUCAUGGAUUAAAGGUUUAUGAGGUAUACGAGAAGCUUGGUUUAGUGAAACUUGAGCAGAGAUGGAGACAGCACUUCUUGGAUACCAUGAACCCUCAGUUCAUGCCUGAUUGUUGGUCAUUAACUCAUAACAUAUACAGGAUGCAUCUGAAAAUGAGCCAGUACCCUCUUGACCACUCUGAACGAGUCAAAUAUAAAAUUAUUCUGGUGGGCUCAGAGGGCACUAUAAAUAUUCCAUACACUCCACAACUCAGUGGGGAAACUACUCCAGUGACUUCCCGUUUAAAUAGCAAAGAUAAUAAACUAACUUAAUCAUUGCAUUGUGAAACUGGAAGUACUGAGGUGAUUAAUGAUACAAUAAAUAUUAAAUCUCUUACCAGUGAUUCUUUUC